AUGCUUCCCUACCCAAGGUCUGUCGUUCUGCCUCAGGAAUCCAAUGGUCCUCGAAGCCCACAAACUCCCACUCAGAACACGGCUGGACGCAUCCGUGAUCCUUCCAAGACCGUGAUGAAUGCUCUCGAGGAUCCCUUGCUCCCAGGAAGCGACUGGGAGUUCAUCCCGUAUGAGGGCAAAGCCGGCACCGAGACUAUUGGCAGUCAGACUACUGCCACCAACGUUGAUGCGGCUGGCAUCAACAACACCACCGGCCACGCCCAGAGUGGCCUGUCCAAACCAAACAUCGAAGCCCUCAAUGCUUUGGGCGGCGACUCAGCCUCGCAUAGUCACAAGGCCAGCCGUUUCGCAACUGCUUACGCCAACGUGGACAAGACGAGCAACUCGAACAUGACAGCGUCAUGCCACAAACCAGAAUACAAAGAUCCAUACAGCCCAGUCAGCGGUCCCAGUGCCGCUGUCGCUGUCUCCUAUAUGGAGUCCUGGGCCGAGGAGAAUAUCAAUAAGAUGAACAAAGAAUAG